GGACCUCAUGGCUCGCCAACCCCAUCUACAUUCCCUGCGCUCUCUCUAUGAUUUCACUGUGAAACCACCAUGCCCAAGUUCAACCUCACGCAAGAUAAAAGCCCUCCUUCAAGCCUAUGUCUUCCGGCACGUCUGCCAUGUCGUCCAAGCCAUCACCAAUGCCAAGUCCAUGGUCAUGGAGCUUCUCAACAAGAAGAGCACCCUGGCCACCAACCACACCAUCAAGCUAAGGGGGAAGAAAAAGAAGAAGCUCCUUAGCUCCAUUAGGCUGCGUUUCAACUGGUCCUCGUCACAUGUGAUACCGGUUCCAGAGCCCACAAGCAUGGAGGGUUUCGACAUGAGUCGCAUGUAUUACGACUCGACGUGGAAUUCCAUAAUAUCCACUGAGGAGGGUGAUGAAGACAUGGAGCCGGCACUCUCUGGGUACCUCCAUUGGCUUGAGGAGAAGAAUUCCGAGGCUUCAGUGGGGGAUGAGUAUGGGAGUGAGAUAGACCGGCUGGCGGAGAAGUUCAUUGCAAGGUGCCAUGAGAAAUUUAGGUUGGAGAAGCAGGAGUCCUACAGGAGGUACCAAGAGAUGCUUGCUAGAAGCAUGUGAAGCAGUGAUGAUGUAGUUUAGAUGUCUUAGUUGUUGAGUUCAAACUCAAACUAGAUUAGUUCUUGUGGGUUGAGCUGUGGUUCUUGUCCUUUUUGUCUUUCUUCUCAGUUUAAUUACAUGGGCUGUGAAGACCGUAGAGUUGAUGUCAAUUUGGAGGUCUUGGAGUUUGAUUAGAGGUUUUAAAGUCCCAUUGUUGUUGAACUUCCAGAGAAUUCUUCCUCCUCU